GAAAUAGUCAAGAAAACUGAGACUGAAGUACAGAUUAUUUUUAAAUAAUGAAGAUUAGAUUGAUUAUUACAAUUUUCCUUCUGGGUGGGUUGUGGGAGACUGAGGCCCUAACAGGAGACGUGGGACAAAAGGUCACGAUAAAAUGUGUUCAUUCCUACGCUGACACCAACGUCAAAUAUUUCUGCAGUGGAGCAUGUUCUGAUAGAGACGUCCUAAUAACCAGCAGGAAGCCGGACUCAAGUGGGAAAUACAGUAUAAAGGAUGAAGGAAACACUUUUUAUGUGACCAUCUCAGAUCUGAAACUGGAAGACUCUGGAACCUACUGGUGUGGAAUAGAAAGAGUUGGUGCUGACACAUUUGUUAAAGUCAUUCUUACAGUAAAACAGAGUGAGUGAAUUCAUCGCCGAAUAUUACCAGCAUACAUUAA